AUGGCUCCCGACUUGCUCGGCCGGUGGAAACUUGAGAAACAGCUGAUUGCCAAAGCGUCCACUUCCGAAAGUUAUGUGUGGGAGGUCAGUGCUGAACUUCCGGUGUCCUCGUCCUUUGAAUGGUCGUGGCUGGUGGCUGAUGACAAGAAAGUCCUCUUCUGGGAUCCCGCACAGGACAGAAGAGCACGACUGUCCUACCACGAAGGGGUGAUGCAUGCAUCCUGGGGACGGGACCCCAACUAUUUUGUCUCCCAGACCUGCGCCCUGAAGCUGGAGACUUACUACUACUGUGGGGCAGGGGAAGCUCUCGCUGUUGUAGGCUCGGAGCCAUGUCUUGGAUCCUGGAAGUCCAAAAAAGCAUUGAUGGCUCACGAGUACCCGGAGAAAUCUGGCCACUGGCGGGCAAAUACUCUACUGGACGUCCACCGUGACUACCAGUGGAAGUGGGCGGUCGUCGACGUGAAGAUGAGGAAGGUGAAGAGAUGGGAGGAGUGUGCCAACAGAUUCAUCUCCACCAACUGCGAGCAGCUCUCCAUCCUGGCACCCUGGGAACACGCCAUCGUCCACCUUGUCCCACUCCACCAUCAUCCAGGAGCAGACGAUCGACAUGGCCAAGGUGGCCCAGUUCUAUGA